AAGAAACCAAGCAGAAUCGUCAGACGAGGCGUCCAAGACUCCAGAUGAAACGAGGCGUCCUGAUGGUCCUGAACAGACGCGCCCCGUGAGCCAGGUGGGUGUUGGACAAGCAUCCCACUAAGGUGUGCUUGAAGACAAGCGGCUGCCAUGUUGACAUGCUGGUCAAACUUGCUAGUCGCCGGGGUACUGGUUGCCGCCACAGUCCCGAGUCAUGGCUGGAGACCCUGCACAGACUUGCAGCCUUUUGACCUGUUGGCCAGAGUUCUGCCCCAGCCCGGACAAACCUUAUCGCCACAGGUGCAGAUGGUACAGUCCGGAGGGUCCAGAGGUCUCAGAUUGGCUGACGCCACAGCAAUAUUGCUGAGUUAUGCUGCCAAUCAAAUCUUCACCAACUGUGACUUCUUCCCAGCUGAGUUCUCAUUGGUCGCCACGUUUAAGAUGCCCAGGCUGAGACAACAGAAACAUGAAUACAUCUUGUCUGUGGUGGAUAACGAGGCGGACUCGCUGUUGCUGGGCUUGCGUGUGUCACACAACCGCGUCCAUUUGUUGGUCAAUCCUCCAGGCACGGGGGGGCGGCUCCGGCUGAGCUUCAAGGAGUUCAGCUUGGACGAUAAUCACUGGCACACGAUGGUGCUGGCAGUCAGCGGAGUGGAUGCCGCGCUGACUGUCGAUUGUGGACUGAAGCUUGAGCUAACACAGGUGCGCUCCUUUCCGGCCGCCUUGAGCACCAGAGGGUCCAGGUUCUACAUCGGCACCCGGAAGAGGACAACCCACCGUUUUUCCGGUUUAAUACGUCAACUGGUCCUUGUUCCUGGUUCGGAUGCCACUACCAGACUGUGUCCCAGCUCAGAGCCUCAAUUGGCCCAUCUGCUCGUACCGCAGUUCCUCGUGUCCGUCCCCCUCAGUCCUGGAAGUCUCAGUCCACUUUACCCCUACGAGGCGGAGGCCAGGGUGACGUCGGGGAGUCGCCCUCAGUGUUCCCGCUCAAAAGACGGUCAGCUGUGGUUCAACAUUUCUCGGAAAAGGAUGUCGGUGUGUGACGGAGUCACGUGGAAAACUCUUCAGGGCGAUAGCGAGCGUCUGGACUACGUGGAGGACUUCCAGGACUUGUACACAGCCUCAGAAACCUUUGAUGUGGAAGUCUUCUCCAUCCCGUCCGUAGGCCUCUUCCUGGCUGCCGCCAACAGGGACUCUGGGCCUGGCUCAGGGAUCUACAGGUGGACCAAGGGCUCUUUCAGACUUUACCAGAACAUCAGCACUCGCGAGGCUCGCGCUUGGAAACAUUUCACCAUCGACGGUCAGAGUUUCCUGGUCGUGGCCAAUUCCAGGGAGGCGGACCGAGAGCUGUCUGUUAUCUACCGGUGGAACAGUCACCGGCUGCGUUUUGUGCACCAUCAAAGCCUGGAGACGUAUGCUGCCCUGGACUGGGAAGCCUUCAACAUGCACAACCACAGCUUCCUGGUGGUAGCCAAUCACAGACGAGCAUCCAAUCACAACAUCAACAGCGUCAUCUACAGGUGGAACCCAAAGUCCAAGCUGUUUGAGGUGAACCAGACCCUGUCCACAUCGGGUGCGUACGACUGGGAGUUCUUCACCAUGGGACGGUACCACUUCCUGGUGGUAGCCAACACCUUUGAUGGCCGGACCACCAACAUCGGCUCGACCAUUUACAUCUGGAUGGACGGAUGUUUCCGGACCUUCCAAAACAUUCCAACGCUGGGCGCGACAGACUGGGAGCCAUUCGAGCUGGGCGGACGCUUCUUCUUGGCGGUGGCCAACAGUCAGAAUUUGUCGUUGUGGCUAGGCUCAAGUCGCUACAGCAUCAACUCGACCAUCUACGAGCUCAGCACCCUCACUUGGACCUUUGAACGCUUCCAGGACAUCCUUACCCACAGUGCCCUGGACUGGGAGUUCUUCACGUUGGGUGAGGAGAAAUUGUUGGUGGUAGCCAAUUCUCAUGACGGGAGCUCAUACUCGCUAAAGAGUGUGGUGUACAGGUGGCAGGGCGCGGAGGGCUUUGUUGCGGUCCACAGACUCCCCACAUUGGGCUGCAGAGACUGGGAACACUUUAGCACAAAGCGAGGCCACUUCCUGGUGUACUCCAGCGCCACCUCCAGGAUCAGCAAGGUCUUCAAACUCAGGAUCUACUAG